CAUUUUCUCACUGUGACUGCAGGAUAUGGAGAAAUCUAUCCCGUUACCUUGCCUGGUAAAGUGCUGUGCAUCCUAUAUGCUAUGAUGGGCAUACCCCUCAUGCUUCUGGUCAUUCUUGAUGUGGGGGACUUUCUCGCUUUGGUGAUGUCCAAAGCCUACAAUCACAUCCGACCUCUCUUAAAGUCUCCAUGGAAAACUCGCAGAAGAAGAUUUGGGUCUGAUCGCCGGACUCUGGACAAUGGCACCUUUGUUUUCAGCCGCGAUGUAGUGAUUCGUCAACCUUUAGAUAUCCAGCAGGUGAUGCAGUCCCAAGCAGAUGUUCGACACAAGUCUGUUCGUCUCCAAAAAAACAAAGAUAUCUUUGAAAAGAUACUGGUAAGGGAGAAUUUACUGAGAACGGACCCACUGUUGAGGUCCCUCUCCUGCCCUGAACUACACCAGCUGCCACCACCACCUAGUGGAUUUGCGAUAUGGGAUUUCACAGGGUUAGGGGAGGUAAUGGAGGAGUUUGAUGUUCCAUUUAUACUGAUCCUUUUCACUGUAUUUGCUUACAUUUGCUUUGGAGGUUUGAUUUUGCCAUUGUGGGAAACUGAAAUUAAAGGCUUUGACCCAUACUACUUUUGCUUCAUUACACUCACUACCAUUGGAUUUGGUGACAUCAUACCCAAACACCCCAAAUACUUUAUGUUUCUCUCACUUUUUAUCAUUGUUGGUAUGGUCAUUAUGUCCAUGGCUUUUAAGCUAAGCCAAACUAGAAUUGUUUGCUGUUAUCGUAAGUGCAUCCAGUUCAUUAGCAGGGGAAAUACCGAAACACCACAAAAUGAAGAGAACAACUAAAUCAAGAUACUCUGCAUCAGCUGGUGGGAUUGUGGAAGUCUGCAUUUCCUGAUUUUUAUAAAUGAAUUACUGUGCCUCUUUUUUGUAAGCAUGAGUAAAACAUGCAUGGUGCCAAUCACUUUACCUUGUGAAUUAGUGUCAUAUUUAAAAAGAUGUGUAUUCCUAUGUUUUAGCUCAUCAGCUAUAUAUGCGAGAAAAAACUGUUUCCGCUUAGAGUAAUGCAUGAGUAGUUGGUCCAAAAGAUUUAAUGCAGAAUAUGAUAAAUACAUUUCCAAACAUUUUCACUACAUGGAUUUGAUUGCAAAUUGUUAUUUGCUUUUUGAUGGUUGCAUUUGUUCUGUUUAAUUAAAAGUAUA